GAGGGAAUAUAGUUGGGGUUAUGGGUUUGAUCCGAUCAGUAUUAGACGUCAUUGUGUAGGUGAGGUGGUGUUUCUGUGGAUGUUUCCACCCAUCUGAUCUCUGAGCUCCUUUAAGACGCAGCGUCUCAAAGCUCGCAUCAGACUUUGGACCCUUUGUCUGACGGGAGUUUCCUGUUCCUCUGACCAUCACCUCUGAAUAUGAGCGAGUGCAGUAUGAUCUAACGCACAGGAACUGGAGAAACCACAGAAGAUCUUGACGCACGGGUGCUGUAGUCAUGCUGCAGGGUUCGAGUCCGUUCGGCUGGUCCAGCGGUUACCCAGAGUCACUGCGGUCCAGCGUGACAGGGGCGGAUGAGACGUACACGGAGCUGUCGGGUUUAUCCAGACCCAGCGCUAAAUCAAUAUACCACCAGAGGAAGGAGUAUGCUGAGUCCAUUAAUAGACAGAUGCAUCAGUUCCAGCACCGAGUGGAGCAUCUGUUCACCUGUGAGCUGGACGGGCAGCAGGUGUGUGACGUGAACGACUGUCUGGAGCGGCUGAAGUACAUGGACGCUACGGGCCUCGUGUGGGGUCAGGACAUGAUCCUGGAGGUGCGAGACAGAGCGCUGCUACUCUUGGACAUCGAGAGCCAGGAGGUGUUAGAGUCGUGGCCCCUGAGCAGUGUUCUGGAUCUGAAGGCCAUUCUUGACGAGAACCCGUAUGACUCUCUCCUGACCGUCUCUAUCCAGGACCGAGGCAGUCGGGCCGUCAGCGUCUUCCUGUUCCAGAGUGAGUCUCUCAGGGCAGAUUAUCUGAAGAAAGGCCUGGAGCGGCUUCUGCAGAACAAGAGGGAUGAUCAAAGACAGAGCAACGUCAGUAAAGCUAGUGUAGGAAAUGCCAUGCAGAGAAAUUCACGAAGAACCUCGCCUCCACCUGAGCUGAUUCUUCAGAGAGCUCCUCCAGAACAGUGGGCCGCUCCGGAUUAUGAUGAGAGCCCCGCCCCAACUCCACCAGCCUCCAGAAAUAACUCCACCUAUAUGAAGGUAGUGGCUCCGCCCCCUCGUGUGGAAGACAAGCCCCCACAACCGGCCCCGCCCCCUCAGAGGCCAUACACAGAGAGAGAGAGGAACGUGGACAUCCUGAAUCAUCUCAUUAAUGACAUUGAAGCGUUCGCAGACAGAUUGACAGCCGUCGCUCCUAAAAAGGACAAAAAGAAAAAGAAGAAAAAGCAGAAAGUUGUGAAGGGGAUGCCAUCAGAUGAAGAGUUCACAGUCUGUCUGCAGAAAGUCAAGAUGGCCUUUAACCUGCUGGCCAAUCUGAAGGGAAAGAUUGAAAACCCCAGUGCUGCUGAACUCACACACUGUCUGUUCUCUAUACUGGACCUGAUAGUGCAUCACUGUAACGAGGAUCUCCCACAGUCUGUCGUGGCUCCUCUCUUUGAGCCGGAGUGUAUUCUCUUCCUCAGUGAGGAGGCCACGGCGGAGGAGGAUCAUCUGUGGCAGUCGCUGGGAGACGCCUGGAACAUCCCCAGCACCAAGUGGCCGGAGGAUGAUGAAGAUAUUCCCACGUUCACGCCGGUGUUUGAUGACGGCUGGGAGCCGCCGGCCAUUAGAAACCCUGAGCCGACCAACACAAACACCAGCAGCCGAGAACCACCACGACAAUCCAUGACACAACAAAUGAGCAACAAAUUACUCCAGGAAGAUCAGGAAAGCUCAGAGGAGUUGCCGGUGAGCUACAUGAAAGCGGUGUUUGAUUUUACAGCACGUAACGCACGUGAACUCACCAUCAGUAAAGGUGAAGAACUACAGUUGUUGGACAUGUCUAAGCAGUGGUGGAAGGUGAAGAAUCAGAAGGGGCAGAUCGGUUACGUCCCCAACAACAUGCUUCAGCUUCCGCAGCAGGAGGCGAAACCUGAAACUCUAUCUGCACCCGGACUCACCAAAAAAUCCCGUCCGGAGGAGGUCCGAGCCUGGCUGGAGCACAAAGGCUUCAGUAAAAUUACGGUCCGGUGUUUAGGGGGCAUCACCGGCUCCAUGCUGCUGGGAAUGACGCGUGACGAGCUCAAGACUGUUUGUCCAGAGGAAGGCGGACGAGUUUUCUACCAGCUGCAGAACAUCAAAUCGGCCCUUGCGAUGGCCAGUGAAGUGAGACCAUUGAUCUGAGGCCACAAACUUCCUGUCGACCGACACUAACAAACACACACAACUGAAGCUGUUAAUGGAUGCUGAAGGACGUCGGACACUAAAUUCAUAUUUAUUCAAAGUCAGAGCUGGUUUUGAAGAUCAGGAGUGUCUGAUUUGUAUAUUAUCACAGUUUUUAUGUUUGAUGUAAAGAUGCAGAAGAACCCAGAGGAGAUUGAAUACACACAUGCUUUAUUGAAAUGAAUAAAAUACUCUUUUCUGAUCAGUACUGCUAUAGACUAACAAUCUCAUUCACAAAAAAUAAAGAUAUACAUAUAUAUUUUA